AUGAAGAAAGUGAAAAAUAUCGAAGGCAAGUUUAAGCGUACUUUCUUGCAUUACAGCGACAGGGACAUUCAUGCCACCACAGAUCUCAUCGACGAUGAGACAGCUACCACAGCAAGCGACGUUCACCCCCAGCUUCUGCAAACGAUCUAUCCCAGAGCAGAUGAUGACGGUGCGCAAGCUCUCGCGCAACACUACCAAGAGCUGGCCCGCAGGGAGAGAACCGUGAUCGACGUUAAACACGCUGCAGAACUUCUUCUCUCAUCAGAGACAGAUUCGAAACCCAUCACGCCAGGUACUUGGGUGAGGAUCCAACACACCCCUCAUGAAGACGAGCUCGCACCGUUCAUUGAGAUACCGUGGAUCCCGUCCGAAGCGAGGAAGGAGAUCAUAAGCAGGGCAUACAUAGCCACUUUGGCUGUGGAUGAUCGUGUACGAGUGGUGUCUGGGCAACUGGUCGGGCUGGAGGGGAGCAUCCAGAGCAUCCAGGACAGUAUCGCUGAGAUAGCCGUCGACAUUCGUCCGAUAGGAGCGGCGACUGUGAAGCUGGCCGCUCUCUGGAGACUCCACAUGCUGGGCGACAAAGUCGAAGUUGUGAGAGGCGCACAUCGUGGUAGCCGAGGGUUCAUCCUGUCCAUACAGAUGAACGAACUGAAUCUAUGCUUGCACGGCAGCAAUCAGCAGAUCACGGUGGAGUGUUUCAAUGUCAUCAUGGACUACAAGCCCACAGCCCGCAAUCCGAUCCCUAUUUCGUACAAUCAGACAUCACAGGUAGUCAUAAACCCGAUGGAGAUCGAAUCACACGAAAGCCAGUCCAUUAGGGUUUCUCGUCAAGAACGGAACCCAUACAUAGCUCAGCAGGUGAUUGUGAUAUCCGGUGCCUGGAAAGGACACAGGGGCCUGCUGAAGUUCGUGUAUAACCAGCACCAUCAGGUGCAGCUGGAGGCUCCUCAAGGGCGCGUUGAACUUUAUGUUGCGAAGGAACUAGCUUUGUACAGAGAUAGUGGUCGUAUUAUCCCACUAGUGAACGAUCAAAAUGGAACUGUGGAACCCGACUGGCCAUUGGAACCAGAAAUGGAAACGCCAGCUCUCGAUGACGGCUCGUCGACUCCUCUCCCCAUUCCUGAACCAUCAGACGAUACACAUUAUGAGCCUGCAUGGGACCCAGCGUCGACCGAAGCGGAUGUAGAAUUCGCGGCCCUUCAGAGGAGGCUGACAGCGGAUCUGGCAGCCCUUCAGCCACCAGUUACAACUGAUGACGUGCCUCAUGAACCUAUACACGUCACGACUGAACUCGGCGCCAUCCUGCUCAACCCGGCCUUACGUGAAGUGUUCCCGAUACUACGGGAGAUUCCUCUCCGCAUGACUCGACAAGAAUACCGCAACGUCUAUCAGAGCGUCUACCUUCACAUGAAUGAUCUCGUUGUCGAUGAAAAUGCCCAGGAACUCAGGGUGUCAGUAUAUUUCAGUGGAUCAAGGAGGGACAUUACGGUUCUAUCAAAGGACGUGGAGCCGGUGCGUCUACACGUCGGUGACACUGCUAUGGUGACAGCUGGCCAGAAUACAGGGUUUGUAGGCUGGGUGAAGGAUGCGAACGACGACCUGUACUUCCUGCAACCACGUCAGAGCACCAGACCGAAGAAGAGGUCCAGGGCAAAGUCUGCACAGAAAUCUGCCCCUUUGGUUGCAGAGCCGGUUGGAAACAUUAUUAUGGUCCUCGUAAAGAAGGAAUUCCAGUAG